AUGCGUGAAAUUGUUCAUAUGCAAGCGGGCCAGUGUGGAAAUCAAAUUGGCGCCAAAGUAAGUACUGAGACUCGCCUUUUGAAAAAAUUUUGUAGAUCUAAGGCUUUGUAGUCACUCAAUCAAUGCAGUUUCUGAUAAGGUCUGGCUCUAUUUCAGUUCUGGGAGGUCAUCUCGGAUGAGCACGGCAUCGAUCCAACCGGAACCUACCACGGAGAUUCCGACCUCCAGUUGGAGAGAAUUAAUGUUUAUUACAACGAAGCUACAGGUAGGGAAUGCUAAAUUUACUUUGAAUUCUUUUGUUUAAUUUGCCCGCUACAUCGUGUUCACGAUAGCUGAUUUCUAUCUGUCUUCUCUUUCUAGGUGGAAAAUAUGUCCCGCGCGCUGUUUUAGUCGAUUUAGAACCAGGUACUAUGGAUUCUGUGAGAUCUGGUCCAUUUGGGCAAAUAUUUAGACCAGACAACUUUGUCUUUGGUAAGUUCCGUUUUAAGUAAUGUAACAAGCUUAGUAUAACAACUUCUCGGGGCCAGUCUCAGAAAUCGUAUGCAUGACACUCAUUGGAGAGUGAAAAAUAUCAACCUGAGGUCGAAUUUCAAUUUCAUGCAACACAAUGAUACACCAAACCCUUUUCUAGUUUAGCAAAGUUCAUACUUGAGAGACUUAAACUGAAAAAAAUUAAUCUUUUUUUAGGCCAAUCUGGAGCAGGGAAUAACUGGGCAAAAGGACAUUACACCGAAGGAGCGGAAUUAGUUGAUUCAGUUCUGGACGUUGUUCGCAAAGAGGCCGAGGGUUGCGAUUGCGUUCAAGGCUUCCAGCUUACACACUCUUUGGGCGGCGGAACGGGCUCGGGUAUGGGAACCCUUCUUAUCUCGAAGAUUAGAGAAGAAUAUCCUGACAGAAUCAUGAAUACAUUCAGCGUCGUACCAUCACCAAAAGUAUCAGACACCGUUGUGGAGCCUUACAACGCCACACUGUCCGUCCAUCAGUUGGUUGAGAACACCGAUGAAACAUACUGCAUCGACAAUGAAGCACUCUACGAUAUCUGCUUCAGAACUCUGAAGCUUACCACACCAACCUAUGGCGACUUAAAUCACCUUGUAUCAGCUACCAUGAGCGGUGUAACAACUUGCCUUCGAUUCCCUGGCCAGGUAAAUGUUAAUUCAUCCUCUCUAAAAAUGAUGAAAAAGGCUUGAAAAUACUUUAAUUUUGGAUUACAAGCUAUAACUUUAACGUCACAAUUAUACUAUGAUACAAAAAUUGGCGCCAAGAACAAUUUUCAAGCAUUUAGCGGUGGUUGUUUGCUUUUGUAAAUCAUCUGCGUCGCUUUUUGUUGUUUCGCAACAAGACUGUAAAGGAUGUGCUAAUGAGUAAUGAGGCAAAAACUAAACGUAAAUUUCUUACAUUUCAUCACAUCAUUUUCAAAAAGUUGCUCGAGCGUAGUGUUACGUCACCAUGGAAACCAUAUUUGAUAAGUGACAUACCAAGCUGAGAUGAUGAUUUGAAUGUUUCGAGAACAAAACAAACUCAACUGCUUACAGGUAAUACCAGUGCAAAUAAAGCACUGGUAAACUACAUUUUAAUUACCUGUUGUCGUAAAAUAUUUGCUUAAGUUUUAAAACAUUUCAUGAGCGUCUCGGCAGGUUUCCUGUGGGUAAAAUUAGUCUCGUACCCAGACCUUACACGGCCAAGCGGUUGUAAGUACAUUUCAGUUACAUUUACACAGUAGGACUGAGUACGAGAUUAAGGUGAAAUAGCACAGUUUUCCAUUAUCCUUUAACACUUUUGAUUUCUAAGGCUGAUUAGCAUCUAAUUUCUCCCUACAAUAACUCCCAGAGCCCUUAAACAUAAAGGUCAUGAAAAUAAGGGAUAUGGUCACUGACUAGAGAAGUAAAGUCUCCUUGUUACAGCAUCUUCGGAAAUGUUUAGUGAACAGUAUGGAGAAUAUGCAUACUGAUUUAUAAAGGAUUAAGUGUUAGACUUGGGCGAAUCCGAGUUCGAAGACUCUAUAAUCAUUAACUUGAACAUAAAUUCAAUUUUUUUCGUUAUCUUUUCCCAGUUGAAUGCUGAUCUCAGAAAAUUGGCUGUGAACAUGGUUCCUUUCCCUCGUCUUCACUUCUUCAUGCCUGGAUUUGCUCCACUCACCAGCAGAGGAUCCCAGCAGUACCGUGCACUCACAGUACCAGAACUUACCCAGCAGAUGUUUGAUUCUAAAAACAUGAUGGCUGCCUGUGAUCCAAGGCACGGACGAUACCUGACGGUUGCGGCCAUGUUCCGUGGCCGUAUGUCCAUGAAGGAAGUUGAUGAACAGAUGUUGAACGUGCAGAACAAGAACAGCUCCUACUUUGUGGAAUGGAUCCCCAACAACGUGAAGACCGCUGUCUGUGAUAUCCCUCCCCGUGGACUGAAAAUGUCCUCUACCUUCAUCGGCAACAGCACAGCCAUCCAGGAACUGUUCAAACGCAUUAGCGAACAGUUUACUGCUAUGUUCAGGCGCAAAGCUUUCUUGCAUUGGUACACUGGAGAGGGUAUGGAUGAGAUGGAGUUCACUGAGGUAGGCACAUCUCUUUUUCAAGAUAAUUUGGUUUUAUUAACCGAAUUGAUGAUGUAAAUUAGCCACCGAGAAGAAUUUCUUUAGCUAACUGUGCGAGCAUUACUUUACCUUACGUCAUUUGCAUGCCCUGACUAAGGAUCAACGCUCGAGACGUCAGCUUAAGAAACUCUUUACGAUGGCCAGUUUAUAUCAUCAACUUGUUUGAUAAAAUAAAAUUAUCUUUAAAUUAAUAACUCUCACUGACACAAACCAACAUUUUGUCUUGUAGCUCACCUCCUUUAUUUAUUUGUCUUUUUUCCCUCUGAUUCAACUUGAAAAGCCACUUUAUAAGAUUUAAAGUCAAUUUCUGCUCAAGUAAUAUUUCCUUGCUUGUGAGGAAAAAAAAGCAAAGUAUACUUUGACGAUUAGGUAAGAAAAGGACGAGGUUGGUUAAAAACUAAAUAGAUCAAUGUAGAUUAGGUACUAAAAAUUCUAGUCUGACAUUAAAGAAAUGCGCGAACUAUGACCCAUAGCAUCCUGAUCUUUUGGAGGAGUUUGUAAGCAUGAGCUUCAGCGUAUGAAAAGUUAUGUCACUUUCGUAGACUGACACUGAAGUCUAUAUAUUUUUUCUCUAGGCCGAAUCCAACAUGAACGAUCUUGUGUCUGAAUAUCAGCAAUACCAAGAUGCCACAGCAGAAGACGAAGGAGAGUUUGACGAGGAAGAAGAGGAAGGAGAGGGCGAAGCUGCAUAAAUCAGAGAAUCGCUUGUUAAACACAGUCGUAAUAUUUUAAUUCAUCGACAGGAAGAAACUAUUAUAUAUCAGUCCUUUAUAAUGAGUCUGUUGUAUCGGAACUCUCCCUAUAGAAAUGUGUACAUACAAUCAUAUAUCGUACUAUCGGGGAGAACUUUAUUUUAGAUUGAAGACAACUUUCUUUUUGUUGUCAUUUGCGUCUUUCUCUCUUGACAUAGCCCUCCUAAACUCCUCUCACAUAAAGCAUAGGAGAUUCGCAAAGUGUGAAGGGAAUCUACAGCGGAAUUUUCCCUGCAAAAUCUUAUUGAUCAGUUGAUUUCUUGGCAUUCAUACCGCGAUAACCCGCUACAAAAUCUUAUUAUAUGAUAAAUAGGCCACAAAAUC